AAAUUAUGAUUGCACAAGAUGUUGUGAAUAUUCCAUGCAGGUGUCUCUGGUCACUUUUGAAGGUGAUCUGAAUUCCCUUCUACUCGUUGUUGCAGCCAUAGGGUGGCACCGGGCAUUGUUGAGUUUUGAUCCAUGUCCUAAGAGCACUACAACCCAGUAUUUCAAGUUUAGCAGAGCAUUUUGAGAGGCUAGAGUUUGCACACAGGCCCAUGGCUUGUUCACUCCUGAAAGCAAAUAAAACAGCAACUUUUGCCUCCAGAUAAAGGGCUCUGAUUGUACCAGCUCCAGCUCUCCACCCUGCUCCUAAGCCAACUACUACCACUCACGGCAGAGGGAGUGGAAGAUAUUUCCUUCUGCACCUCCUCUGACCUUUUCUUCCUCCUCUGCUGCCUGGCUUGCUACCAGCUUAGGGGAGGUGAGUAUGAUCUCACACCCUGCAGUUUCCUCCUCCGGGUAGUCAUCAGUUGCCCCCAUACCUCUUCUUAAUGAUGCCAUCAGCAAUUAUACAUUGGCACCAACUUGGUCUGUGUUUCAGCCUUGCAGGCAAAGCAGCUUCAGGAGGAACAGUGUGAUGGUGAAGGGAUUUUGUCUUCCCCACCUGCUGCUGCUACUUCUUUAUAAAGGCAAAUAAAAACUCAACAUCCUUUUAUUUCUCUCAUCGUGGAGCUCAGCCUCCAGAGUUAGAUAAAGAAUAAUUAAAACCUGCUGAGCCAGCAGACUUGGCACAAAACCAAAUAGAACCUCUGAAUUUUGAAAGACAUCGUAAGAAAUUGGGAAGCAUUAAGCUCAGAUGAUUUUUUGUGAUGAUGAAAAGAUGAAAGCUGGAAAUACGUAACUGAAUUAUUGUUUAAAGAGAUGUGGCACUUCUGAAGUUAAAUCAAAGUAUUGUGUUCACUGUAGGUGAAGCAGUUAAUAUUUGCCAGAUUAGCCUGAGGUAUUUUGAUGUAGUGUGAAGAUAACAGUGGUACAAUGUGCUUGCACCAAUAAAAUGAGUCAUACGCACAUCCAACUCUUUUUACAGAAAUACACCAUCAGCAUGGUUCCUGUUUAACCUAUAAAAUCUUAUGCUGCAUUUUACUAAUAACUACUACAGAUUAUGCUGUAACAGUGCUGAAAGCAAUUUAUUUUAGACAUAAAACAUAGCUAUACUUUGAACUGCCUUAUUAUUUACCUGUUUCAACUUUACAUACAGUCACUGGGUAAAACUUUAACAACUACUUAGCUGUACGAAUGAACCUCAUGGGCUAUGCCUGCUGUGGCAGCAGAAUUAUUUGUCAGCAGAUUUUCUUUUCACAGCGUCCUCUUAUCAGAAGACAGCUGUGAUUACUAAGCUAAUUUGGUAUGUGAAACCAUAUGGUGUUUUGGAGCUGCUUGGUUACUGUGGAGGAUAAAUAGCUCCUGACCCUAAAGAGGAUCUUUUUAAGAAAAAAAAAAAAAUAAAUGGUUUCCCUAUGCCUUAUAAGGCAUGGGCAGCCUUACUCCAGUGCUGAAGAAGGGGCGGUAACGGGUUCAUGCUGCUGAGUUUUCUCCAGCAGCGGUUACAGGCGACUGAAGAAGUUAAGCUGAAAUUGCAAACGCUUUUUCCCCAGCACUUAGCAACAAAACUCAGUCAGGAGAGGAGGCAUCAGGUGAAAUUAAAAAAAAAACAAACCAAACCACCACCACUUAAUCAUGGGAAAAUCAGCUUCGAAACAAUUUGCUGAAGAAGUCUUGAAAGCACACAAUGACUACAGGAAGAAACAUGGAGUCCCUCCAUUAAAACUCUGCAAGAAGUUAAACAGAGGAGCCCAACAGUAUGCAGAAGAACUGGCUACCACAAGGGUCCUCAAACACAGCUCUGAGUCUGCUAAUGGAAAAUGUGGAGAAAACCUAGCAUGGGCAUCCUAUGACCAACCAGGAAAGGAUGUGGCUGACAGAUGGUACAGUGAAAUAAAAAAUUACAGCUUUCAGAACCCAGGGUUUUCUUCUGGGACAGGUCACUUCACAGCAAUGGUUUGGAAGAGUACAAAAAAGAUGGGUGUCGGAAAAGCAUCUGCUAGUGAUGGCUCUACAUUUGUUGUGGCUAGAUAUGACCCAGCUGGAAAUGUAGUAAAUCCAGGCUAUUAUGAAGAGAAUGUCCUUCCUCCAAGAAAAUAACUUUUUUUUUUUUUCUCUUAAAGGUAGUUCUACUACCUUUACAUGUGAAUCCGGUUUUGGACUUCAUGAUGUUAGAAAUGAAGUACGAUUCAAUGAAAUUUCCUGUUUGAUACUGCUGGUCACUUCUCAUUAAAGAGGGAGCAAUUACCUGUUGGUUGAGUCAAUCUGCAUAUUAGGUCCCUGUUGUUUCUGACUUCAGUCUAUUUGAGGAUGAAGCAUAUUCAGCAUUUCUGAAGGGUAAAAUUUAUAAAGUGGGUAGGUUUUUUUAUAGUUUGCAUGAACUCUGUGUCAGCAUGUGAGUAAGCACAUGUCGAGUGUCUUUUUUUAAACAAGCAAAUUUAUAUCUUUCUGUGAACUGAAGAUAUCAGCUUGUAAUUAUGUCACGUACUCCCAGUUUUUCAGUAUUUUUUAAUAACUGUAACUUCUUUGCUCUGUCCAUACCUCCUACUACUGUGGGGUCUUCUCUCUGCAGAUGGAACAUAUGCAAAACUUCCUGUAUGAAAUGUACAUGUGUAAAAUGUAGUGGCAGUCAGACCUAUGUUUUUUUAUUAAAAGGAUCUCAUGAAACACUAAA